CGUCCACACGGUCUUAACCAUUUGAUCCAACUGUUCUUAUUCCCCUCUCAUCUCUAUUUUAGAUUUCCCACCGGCGUCAACCACCGGAAAAAUUAAAAAUGGGAGUUUUAGGUAAAUCUGUCACCGCUUUUCUCCUCUUCUUCUUCCUUUCUGCUGCUCCGUCCACCGCGGAGAUCAAAUCGAUCAAAAUCCAAUCGGAUAACCGACCUGUGAUCCUCUUCCAGAAGUUCGGAUUCACACAUACCAGCAAUAUCACCGUUGCGGUCUCCUCCGUGUUUGUUACCUCCACGUUAUCGCAACCCGAUGCCUCACUUCUAGGAUUCUUCUUGUUAUCGGAACGAUCACUGAUCGACGUCCUCAGUGAACUUCAACAAAACCCUAAUUUCUGUAUCCUGGAUUCCAUGUUUAUCUCACUCCUUUUCACCUUCAAAGAUCUCUCUCCUCCGCCUCAGUCUUCGUUCAACAGAUCGUACCCAGUGACCUAUGCGGGUGAGUAUUCACUCUUCUUCGUCAACUGCAACCACGAAUCAUUCGUAACCAUGGACGUCCGCACAGAGCUGUUUAAUACUGAUGACAAAGCUACCAACAACUAUCUAUCAGUCGGGCUAACACAGCUCCCGUCUCUAUAUUUCAUUUUCUCUUUGUUUUAUCUAUGCUUUUUAGGGUUUUGGAUCUCUGUGGGCUUUAAUAAUCAGCGGUCCGUUCACAAAGUUCAUAUAUUAAUGGGUGUGUUGCUUAUUAUGAAGGUGCUUAGCUUGUUUUGUGCCGCAGAGGAUAAACUAUAUGUGAAGGUUACAGGCAUGCCUCAUGGAUGGAAUGUUUUGUUUUACAUACUUCAGUUCAUCAGUAGUGUACUUUUUUUCGCUGUGAUCGUCUUGAUUGGUGCUGGAUGGCUGUAUCUGAAACCGAACUUAGUUGGAAAGGAAAAGAAGGUUUUGAUGAUUGUGAUCACACUUCAGGUUUUGGCUAAUGUAGCUUCCAUAGUGAUUGGGGAAACAGGUCCUUUUAUUGAAGACUGGGUGACUUGGAAUCAAGUGUUUCUGUUGGCGGAAUUUGUUUGUGGUUGCGCUGCUAUCUUCCCGAUUGUGUGGUUGAUCAGGUCGUUUUCGAGAACUGAUGCGAAGGCUGCUAGAAAUUUGGCUCUAUUUAGGUUGUUUUGUGUGGUGGUUGUUGGUUAUAUGUUGGUCACAAAUAUUGGCGUUUUUGCACUGAAGACGAUGACAGUUUAUAAGCAGCAGUGGGUGGGUAGAGCAGAGGAAAUAGCCAGCCUUGUGUUCUGUUUGGUGUUGUUUUACAUGUUCAGGCCAGUGCGGGAAAGUGAGUAUCUUGUUCUUGACGAUGAAGGUGUAUAUGAAGAAGCACCAAAGAUGGUUAAGGGAUGAGUUGAAGAAUGAAGAUCCUAUCUUGUGUUCUAUUUGGUGAUGCUACUUUACUUUUUGUGUUCUA